AUGGCGAAGGAGAACUCGGCCUUCUCUGCCGCACCUGAGACACCGGUGCGGGAGGCCAAGCCCCCACUGUGCGCCACGCCCUCCAAAGCACCUGCCCGGGGCCCAGGCGAGCCUGAGAAGAAGAAGCCGGUCAAGAAGCACCAGCGCCAGCGGUAUGUGGAGAAGGACGGGAAGUGCAAUGUGCAGCACGGGAAUGUACGGGAGACGUACCGCUACCUCACUGACAUCUUCACCACCCUGGUGGACCUCAAGUGGCGCUUCAGCCUGCUGGUCUUCAUCCUGGCCUAUGCCAUCACCUGGCUCUUCUUUGGCCUCAUCUGGUGGUUCAUCGCGUACUGCCGCGGUGACCUCGACCACCUGGAGGACAAGGCCUGGACACCCUGCGUCAACAAUCUCAAUGGCUUCGUCUCUGCCUUCCUCUUCUCCAUUGAGACGGAGACCACCAUCGGCUAUGGCUACCGCGUCAUUACGGACCGGUGCCCUGAGGGCAUCGUGCUGCUGCUGCUGCAGGCCAUCCUGGGCUCCAUGGUCAACGCCUUCAUGGUGGGUUGCAUGUUCGUCAAGAUCUCCCAGCCCAACAAGCGGGCUGAGACGCUGGUGUUCUCCUCCCAUGCCGUCGUCUCGCUGCGCGAUGACCGCCUGUGCCUCAUGUUCCGGGUCGGGGACCUGAGGAACUCGCACAUCGUGGAGGCCUCCAUCCGGGCCAAGCUCAUCAAGUCCAAGCAGACACUUGAGGGGGAGUUCAUCCCCCUCAACCAGACGGACAUCAACGUGGGCUUUGAGACGGGUGAUGACCGCCUCUUCCUGGUCUCGCCCCUCAUCAUCAGCCACGAGAUCAACGAGCAUAGCCCCUUCUGGGAGGUCUCCAAGCAGGAGCUGGAGAAGGAUGAGUUCGAGAUCGUUGUUAUCCUUGAAGGCAUGGUGGAGGCCACGGGGAUGACGUGCCAGGCCCGGAGCUCCUACCUGGUGGACGAGGUGCUGUGGGGCCACCGGUUCAUGUCGGUGCUGAGCCUGGAGGACGGCUUCUAUGAGGUGGACUACAACAACUUCCACCAGACCUUCGAGGUGAACACGCCCAGCUGCAGCGCCCGGGAGCUGGCCGAGGCUGCGGCCCGCAGGGAUGCCCACCUCUACUGGUCCAUCCCCAGCCGGCUGGACGAGAAGGUGGAGGAUGGGACAGAGAAGGAGGCGGGCGGCACCGAGCGCAACGGCAGCCUAGCCAACGCCGAGAGCGAGUCCAAGGUGUAG